AUGGCAGUGGAAAAUUUCCAGGUUCCCUUUACAAAGUUGAACUCUGCAAAUUACGUGCAGUGGUCUAAGAGGGCUCAAGUCUGGUUGGAAGCCAAAGAAGUGUGGGCUGACUAUGUCCAGAGGCGAAAGCCGUUUGUGGCUGUUGCAGCAGAUGCCACAGCAGAGCAACAGGCUGCUGCACAUGCUCAGAAUAGGGAACAUGAUAAAAUGGACACUAAAGCUAGAUGCAUGUUGAUGGUAUCGAUAGACGAUUCCCAAUUACCUCAUGUGGAAAAUUUAAGGUCUGCAUUUGAAAUUUGGGAAGCUCUUAGGCGAAUUCACCAUAGAGCCACGCCCGGAGAGAAGGUGAACAUUAUACGUGCUUUGUAUGAGUUGAAACUGAAGCCAGGGGAUAGUGUGGUUGAACACACGUCACAGAUGACUGAGUAUUUCAACCGACUGUCAUCUUUAGGUGUGAAUUUUCCUGAAAAUAUUAAAGUUUAUACUCUGCUUAGCAGCCUGCAUGCAGGGUUUGAAAACUUAGUACUAACUUUACAGGUUUUGCCAGAGGACCAGCUGAAUAUGAAUUAUGUGACUGGUAGAUUGUGUGAGCAAGAAUAUCAACAUCAUCGAAAACGUAUUGAUAAUUCAAAUACCCCAAGGGUUGGAUGUUCAGAUAAUUCCCAGCGUGGGGAAACUAGCAGGCAGAGCUGUAAGGAAGCCUCACAAGUGUCUGCUAUGGCCAGCAAGUCAUGUUUUCGAUGUGGCAGCAGGUUUCAUUUGAUAGCAAAGUGUCCAGAAAAGCAACAGGAAUUUCAACAGUCCAGGGCCAGUUUCCGGAGCUACAGGGGAAGACGACGUGAGAACUACAAGAAUCAACGAUCCAGAGGGGGAGCAGGUGCUGAUAAGGGACUAUCUGCAAUGGCAGCACAAAAGAGUCCUAAAAGGAGCCAACAAACCUUGAAGUGGAUAAUUGACAGUGGAGCAAGUCACAGUUUAGUUCCAGCGACAUCUUGUGGCCGCUUGAUGAACUGCAAGACAUUGCCAGUUGCAAAAACCGUGACUAUAGCAGACAAUAGUAAACGAGAAAUGAACCUUAAAGGCACAAUUUAUGUUAACUGUUUGCAAACUAACCUUCCUGUUUUUGUUCUUCCAGGAAUGAAGAAUGGACUUUUGAGUGUGUCAUGCCUGGUAAAAAGUGGUUUUAAGGUUGAGUUUGAAAAUGAUGUGUGCACCAUUUCGAAACAGGGGAAGGAGCUAGUUAAAAUUCCCUGUGAGGAUGGGCUUUUUGUUUUGGAUGAAGAGCAGUUAGCAGCAGGUAGAUGUUCAACAG